AUGGCAAAGCAUAGAGCUAAUCGCAAGCCCCUGGACCUGUGGGAAAAGCUGAAGGGUCUCAUCUGCGAGCUGUAUGCCACCAAUACACUCCAAUUCGUGAUGGAAGUACUUCGCGAUGAGCACGAUUUUGGGGUCACAAAACGCCAGUUGGUAUACAGACUAGAGAAAUGGGGUUGCAAGAAAUACAAUACUGGAGACCCAGAACCUGAAGGGCAAACGUUGAACAAAGACGCCACAGAAGAACGUGUGAUAUCUGGCACUCCCUACGGUGGCUUUGCACGGCAAAACCAGGUGCCAUGGGUCUUCCAGGGCGCGGAUGCCCUGUUCGCUGUAUGCGAUACAGGUGGCGCAUGGAAGGCAUAUAGUAAAAUCGACGCCGACGGUUUGCCUAAUAUCGCGGCACUUGCUCGAUCCGCCGAGACGCCGCACGAGUGUGAGUCCACUCUAGAACUAUUGGAAAAGAGAAUUUCCUCUCUUACCGACUUUACCGAGCGAUCACGCAUCUGUCUCCUCCGCCCCCUUAUCUGCAAUGCUCAAAACUACCAACUCAAAAAAAUGCAGCCUCAACUCAAUACUUCAGUAUCGUACCUGUUGGACAAUCCGGACUGCUUGAGACCGAACGGCUCCGUCGAUAUGCUCGUCUACAUCCUCCUGGACAACAUCAACGAGAAUCACCAGGAUCUUGUCCCCAGCGAGGUAUGGCGGCUCAAGCUCCUUCUCGACAAGUUCGAUACCUGGGUUCUGUCCGCAAAACCCGAUCAUCAGACUGGCCAGUCGCCCGUCCAUGUACUGCGGCAGUGUGCGGAGUGGUGCGACGAUAAGCUAUCCCGCGCAUCCUACACCGCCGCACGUCCAAACCUCGACAUCCUGACGGGGCAGUACCAGGUGCUCUGGAGAGACCACAUUGAGGUAUUUGGUGCUCUCUGGCGCGCGGUUAUCGAGCAGUGCAUUUUCAGCGGCGAAUGGCCGGAAUGGGCGAAAGAGACCGUAGAGGCCAUGAAUCUCUCGCACGCCGAGGUCCUCUCAUGCAUCUGCUGGGUCAUAGUCUGGCCCCCGCACAUCAUCCGGGAUUCCGAACACCAUGCCGCGGAGCACGGAGGGGAUUUGUUCACGAGAGCGAAGAGAAACGCCAACGAUGUACUUCAGUCCUCUUCCGCCGCGUUGUGGGAGGCGUUCCGCGAUGCGUUUGUCAGGAUUAACAAACCUACCGCUGCGGACACGGACGAAAACAGAGACUUUCACGCGUAUGCCAUGCAACAAUUCCGCUCUUUCGUCAAGGACACGCUUGGGGAGUUUGGUGGUCCCGGACUCUGUGAGGAUGAUACGGCACCGGCCUCGAUGACAAGCCUCCUCAGUGGGGGCGAACUGAUGGUAAUGCCGUAUUGCGACUGGCGUCAGUGCUUAUAG